CAUCGAACGGGCGCCUACUAUUUAUUGCCUUUUUCGGAACCAGAAGAAAGUGUGUAUUGCAAGGACGAGAGAAACAAAGCAAGCCAAACAAGCAGCAAGCGAUCUGACACCUUGCUGAAAUACUGCCUGACCGCCAUUGGGGAAGUGAGGAUGGUCGCUGAACAUGGAGAUUUAUCUGAAGAGUGGGAGCAUGUUGAAAGUCAAGAUCCGCAAUCUCGUCGCACCACCAGUGCAAAAUCCCCUCCUUCAACCAAUGACUUCCCGCCCUCAUUGGAACCAACAAAUGAGGAAAUUGCAAUCAAUGGAUCAUCCAGAAAUCCAGAAGGCCAAUAUAACUCUGAAACCACUCCACUCCUGCAAUAUGCGAAUCCUCCGCAGCGUUAUCCGCCAAGAUUUCCAAAAUCUGUUUACGUAUUUUGCAUGACUUUGCUGCUCAUUCUUAUUAUCGAUGUUAGUAAUGAUAUUCAAAAGGCACCUCAGACAGAAAUAUUCGAGAAAAUAAUCUGUCGUCGCUUCUACCGCGACGGCAACCAUGCGCUAUCGGAUUCAGCAUCUUCACUUGAACGGUAUGAUUGCAAAAUCGAACCUGUGCAGAGCGAAGUAGCUUUAAUAAAUGGCUGGUUGGAUACUUUCGCCAUGCUUCCAGGCAUCGUCCUUGGAUUGCCAUUGGGAGUUUUAGCUGAUCGCCUUGGUCGUAGACCCGUUCUAUUUCUCUCUCUCUUUGGAAUUUGGCUUUCCGAGCUUUGCAUCAAGGUUAUCUGCUUGCUGCCUGAUAUCUUCACUCUUCGCCUCGUAUGGUUUGCACAAUUUAUACAGCUAUUUGGAGGCGGUUCCGGUGUGGCUACCUCGACUCUCUAUGUUAUGGUCACUGAUGUAACAGAUGAAGAAGAUCGAGCGAAUGCCUACUUUAAAGUGGCGGCUGCUGUUCUGCUUUCACAGAUAGUUGCAACGCCCAUUGCUGCUGCAAUGAUGUCGAAGAGCCCUUGGAUUCCUUUUCUACUUUCUCCCGUUCUUUUCCUUGUCGGAAUGCUUCUGGUGCUGGCUCUACCGGAGACUCUAAAGGUGGCUGUUGCAAGCACAAGGGCAUCCUCAAUGCUGUCUAGGGAAGAAUUUGAACGAACGCGAGAAGGAGAAAUGCUUCUAAAGAACCGCAUUGUUGCAGUUUUUCGCAAAUUUGCCAACUCCACACAGUUCAUGUGGCAAGAUAUAAACCUUUUAUUACUGCUGUUCGUUUUCUUUGUCGGCAAUUUGGGCAGCCAGUCCAUGCAGAUCCUGCUGCAAUAUGCCUCGAAAAAGUUUGGCUGGAGUUUGGCAAGAGCAAGCAUGCUUAUAUCUAUUCGCGCUGGGGUUAGUUUCGCUCUCUUUGUCGCGGUGCUUCCCUCUUUGACCAAGCUUAUGCUUCACCGCUUCAACUACACGCCAGCCGCCAAAGAUCUCCGUGUCAUUCAGGGGAGCCUUGCGCUGCUCUUCAUUAGUUCACUCCUAUUAGGCAUGGCGCCCAAUCCUCCUGCUUUGAUCUUUGCCCUAGUUAUUUUUGGUCUCGGGACAGCCUUGACGUUGGCGGUGCGCAGUCUGAUCGCUUCUUUCGUACUCCCAAUCCACGUGGCCACAUUGUUCAGUGCCGCAAGUGUAGUCCAAAGCGCUGGCUUUUUUGUAGCGGGACCGCUCUUGGCAAACACUUUCAAAUGGGGCUUGACGUUGAAUGAUAGACAGCACCCCAGAUUCGGCGACCCGUGGGUUAGCAAUGGGGUAGUAGCAAGGGAAGGCGACAAGAAAGGAAAGAGCACUUUUUGGCUCGGACUUCCUUUCCUCUUGACCUCGGCGCUGUACCUGAUGUCAUUAAUGACCGUAUCUCUUGUCCGUUUACCACAACCGGUGUCCUUUGCCUCCACCGGGGAAACUGUCGCCCAUCAGGGGGAGGAAGGAAGCAUGGACAACGGGGAAGCUUAGAUGAAGAUACCCGAAACUAGGGCAAGUACGACGGACUUCUACUAUGGCUCUUCGUUUUGUGUAAUGACCAUUUCGGUACUAUUCAUGCGUGAUUUCUCUUUCCCAUUCUAGCCAGAGCAAUGAACGCGUGGAUUUACUGGCUUGAUUGCUUCCUGCUUCACUUUGUUGAUUACGCAUAUUGCUUCCCUUCCCCAUUUACCCCUUCACUCACACCUUCGAUCACUGACGGCCCUGACAUAAAUAACCCCUCUCCACUUUAUUUUAUCUGUUUUUGUCUUUCCUCGUACAAUACGAACGAGGCCACUAUGAGGGCUGUUACCAUUAUACAUAUUAAAAUGACGAUAUCCCAAUUCGAUAAGCAACCACAACGGAAGUAUUUGAACCAGAGAUAGUGAUUACACACACGAAACAAGCUAAAGCAAGCUCUGGCAAGGAGGUGAAUUGCAGC